AUGGCGCCCAUACAAACCCCCUCCACGACCAACAAUGGCCAAUCUCUCUUCCACAUCGAGUGCAUCGCACAAUAUGUCGCGCUCCCACCUCUGGCCCUCAGCUUACUACUCCCAGCCCUCUGCGCCUUGAUAUUCUCCCCUCUCCUCCUCUCCUACUACCCGCCAGCGCGAGGCAUCGUCCUCUCAUACUUGAACGUGCAACUCAGCGAAGAACCACUGAAGCCGCGAUCCUCGAAAUCCUCUAAGCAUUCCGCCUCCACAAGCACCUCAUCCACAGCGCCACUGCUCAUGCGCAUGGUGGACGAAUGCAGCAGCCCGUUCACCUGGGCGACCGCCGGCCUGCUGAUCUGGCGCCCGGCUAAGAAUGCCUGGAUCGAAGGCCGCAUCACGCACCAGGCGUCUACGCACAUCACGAUCUCGUACCUCAACGCGUUUCCCGUUUCCGUGCUGCGCGAGCACAUGCCGCGCGGGUGGUCGUACCAGUCCGCGCAGACG